AUGCCUCAGUCAACAUUCAAACCCAACCUUGUCUGGGUCGAUGGAGCAACAACUCCACAGUCCAAGAAGCAAUGGCGAAGCCAUAUCGUUCGCGAGGGCUACCGUCGCAAACACAUCCGCGCCCGAGAAGGGUUCUCCGUCCUGGGCUCAAAGAGCAACACGAUCCUCCAAAAGGACGGCCUGAGUGAGAAGUCGCCUCGUUCCAACAGUGCUAUCAGGCGUGACGUUCAGGUACCCUGGGCCUACUUCAGCCUCUGCGAUGCUCUUUCCACAUAUCGACAUGAUUACUUCCAUUCACUUCCGAUGCAUCUCGACCACAUCGAGGAGUCCCAGGUUCACUCGUACAUCCAAUUGCAGUUCAAGUGCUGGCCGGACGAGUUCUAUUACUUUACUCGCAAGUACGGCAGCAGUCCCUUCGCCCUAGCAGUCGAGUUGGGAUUACAAGACCCGACCGCCUUCAGAAUUCUAGUCUCCCGACCAUUAGAGCGGGCACGCAAAAUUCGUGCUGGACUUGCUAAUCAAGUGGAUACGGUUCGAGCUAUCAGCGACCGCAUUAGCUCGCCCGAAACACGAGGCUCAGAUCUAUUGCUGAAUGCGGUUUUGAGUCUUAUCACUAGAAUGUGGACCGUCCGGGCAGAAAGCGCAACCAUUGUCGCCCACUUCCAGGGGUUUCGAUCUCUCUUUCUGCUUCGACCGAGGCCAUGGCAAAUAUCGAACCGAAUCUUUGAGAAGCGCCUCAUUACUAGUGAAAUUUGCUACAAUGAUGCAUGUUGGAGCUUUGUCUGCCAGCCUAGCAGCUAUGCUCAUCGCGUUAAGCAGUUUUCAGCCUUCCUCCAGGCUCUGCGGACGCUCAAAUCAGACUUGAACGUCCAGAGAAUGCCCCUGCUAAAAGAGCAGGGGUCUUCGGAGCUGCUGCUCCUGCAUCGAUUCCUCUCAAAACCUGUGCCGAUGGUUUGGUCUUUGGGGCACUUCAACGACGAGUCCCUUGCACAGAUUUCUGUGCUUUUGCUGAUCUGUGCUACCUUGCUCGACAAUCAGGCGAAUCGACGUAAGCAGGACCAGUUCUCUGCUCAUCUGCAUUCCUUGGUCACUCUGCGCGGAUUGGGGUAUGAUGAAUCCCAGUGGUGCCUGUUCUGGAUCCUGUUCUUCGGCAAUGACAGCCCGACCGAAUUUGAUAGUCAAGAGCGCGUGUGGAUCGUGCUACGGCUGAUGAACGUGGUGAAGACACUUAGCAUUGUUAACAGGGGCAACGUGCGCACAUUUCUGCUAAGCAUCUUGACGAGAAAUGACGCGACAACCCAAGAGGGAUCUGAUAUCGAUGUCGGCAGCAUCGAGACCGAGCUUUUGGGUGGUCCGGUCCCCUGUCUCAUGUGCGGCAGUAGGACAACCUUCGCUGGCGCCCAUGCCCACUCUUCGACCUGCAUCGACCCGAACUGCUGGGAUCAUUCCAGCGUACAUGUGGGCCUCCCAAAGUCUGCCGAGGUGUCAGCAAUACCAUAG